CAGAAUGCUACCCCAUCGCGCCCCAAUGCCUCGAAUACCGGGGUCUGGUCGCUUGCUGCGGCCUCCCAUUCUACGCAGCGCCCGCCAUCCUUCUCGCCCUUUCACCCAACAAUCCCGUCGACAAGUCAUCUCCCCGCCUUUGGGUCGGCCUCAGCUACCUUUCCUCACAUCCCCGGCAGGCAGUCGGCCUCUUCCGCCCUUAUCCUUACAUCUCCGACAACACUUUGCACGACUGGUAUCGACCGAGAGCCGUGACUACUAUAGGCGACGCAUCUCCAAUGGACUCAAAAUUGGUCUUUCGUUCUACGCCAUCUUGGUGCUGUUCCAGGUGAUGAAGUUGGGCGUAUACCAGGAGGACAUUGAACACAAGUGGCCGACACCGCCGGAAUGGUCCUGGAAGAGUCGGUGGUGCUUGCGCUCGGCACAGGCACUGCAGCAUCCCGAGCAGAUCGGCAAGCUCAUGACCAAUUGGCCCAUGGUUGCGGGAUACCUAAAAGAUCUGCUGGAGCGGCUUGAGGACCCGGAAGGAGAAGGCAAGGGCAUUAUGGAGCAAGAAGACGGGGGAUUUUUGGUCGAAGGCGUUGGGAAAAUUGGAUAUGACGUCUCUGCGAAGAGUGAGCCGUGGAGACGGGGCUACUUCCAAGCUCUGAUGGGAGCUGCAAAGGCCGCCGAGAGUCUCGAGGGCUGGAUGACCGAUCGCAAACAGCGUAUCUCUGCUCCUGCGGAGUAUGUCGUUGGUCCCUCGAACCCUCGCCCCAGGCCGAUGCCCGCUGGACAAAAAGCUCCUCUCGAGGAGAACUGCGAGGCUGCUUCUUCUAGUCCGGAGAGCUUUUACAUGAAGAUCUUGACUACUCGGGGCUUCGACACGAGACAAAAGGUGGAAGCGGCGCUUUCCUAUGCCGACUGGCUCGAUUACAAGGGAUUGAAGAGUACUUCGCGCGACAUGUACAGCUGGGCUAUGGAUAUCGCGGCCGCCGGAUCGUCCGUGGAUGCCACCAAAGUCGUGGAUCUGAAAACAGGCGUCUUGAAGAACGACGGCAAGUUGCUGCCAUCUGAGAAUAUCAUUCGUGUGUCCACGGCGCUCGCGGUUCACCACGCCAAACAGGGUGACUUGCCCAAUGCGCUAUCCAUCUUCACCUCCGUGCUGAAGGCCCGCCGGUCCCUUCCUGCAGCCUCAUCCGAUACAACUCUCCCAUACUUCCCCUCUCGCGCACCCUCGGGCAAUGACCCCUUCCGCGCCCUGUUUAACUCUCUCAAAACCGUCCUCGUACCCGUUAAAUACCCGCCUCCUCAACCGUCCGGUGACGAACCACCUCAACGAACUCCCACCUCCGUCUGCGACGAAGCAGGCCUCAUGACCUAUAUUGGUGAGAUCAUCUACGCCUCCUCCUCCAAGGAAGUCGGCCUAGCAUGGACCCGCGACGCCGUGGACUUGGCCGAGGCCACCAUCUUCGAGCUCGGCACCUCCGAAGAGCUCCGCGAGCCUCGCGACCGCUGCGCAGACUGUCUGCGCGUUGGCAUCGGAAACUGGAAGACCAUGGUUUCCCAGCUGAUCAAGCAAGCUGAAAAGGAUGAGCAAGAGACUAUUGAAAAGGCCAAAAAGGCCUGGUAUGGAGGCCAGAAGCAAAUUGAGGCCAAGACUCUCGAAAGAAAGAGAUGGGAAGCCGAACGCUUGAUCCUCGAUGACCGGACUAGGAGACUUCGCGACUUUGUGGACGACGAUACGGCCUUGAAGGGAAUUGCGCCGAAUAGUUCGUUGUUCACUUAGGCUAUAUUGUCUCCUCUCAUGUCUGCAUCUUGCGUGUGGUUUGGUGUCAUUUUGUCAAUGCAUGGAAUCGCGGAGUUGAGGCGAGGAAAAUUACCAUCUAUCUAUCUAUCUACUGUCAUGGAUAAGCGCUAUGGGUUGUCAGGGAUGGAAUAAUUUCUCUUCUCUGUGUAAAAUUACUUUGAAGUUUACUUUUAAAAUAUAAAAUCCGGU